AUGACAACAAAAGUGCCUAUGAGUUUAGGUCCUUCAACAUCCACAAUCGAACACCACACUACAGUAGAAAGUGUUUUGGAAACAAUAGUGCAUAUAUUCAAAAGGGCUGAUGAUAUCAACAAUCAAAUUAACAAGUUCACUCAUCAUGAAUCUUUUGUACAACGGGUCGUGGCAAUAUCCUCAUCAUGUGCUUCCAUCACUGCCGUUUUAUUUGCAUUAUACUUUCUACUAGCCAUUGAUCCCAAGCGCCUCGUAUUCCGUCAUCAACUCAUUUCAUUCUUGUUAUUGUUUGAUCUACUAAAAGCGGUGAUUCUACUAAUUUAUCCCAGUAGAGUAUUGACACAUUCAGUGUCGUACUAUAAUCGAAAGUUUUGUCAAGUUGUGGGAUUCUUUACAGCUACAUCAAUUGAAGGGGCAGAUAUUGCAAUUUUUUCAUUUGCUUUACAUACCUUUUUGUUGAUUUUCAAGCCGUCGUUGAAUACGCGACUGGCUCAUUCGAAUCGUGUUGAGGGUGGUUUGUACAAGAUGAGAUACUUGGUUUACGCAUUAUCAGUAUUGAUUCCUUUGAUUUUAGCUAGCUUGGCAUUCAUCAAUGGAACAGGGUAUGAUUCACUCGUUUGUUGGUGCUACUUACCUAUGAGACCUGUCUGGUAUAGGUUGGUUUUGAGUUGGGUUCCAAGAUGGUGCAUCGUUGUGGCAAUCUUUUUAUUUUAUGGCUUGAUUUACAUUCGUGUUGUCAAGGAAUUCAAGUCCUUAGGUGGGGCUUUCACAAAUAUUCAUCAAAGAAAUGCUGGUCAUUUCAAUAAUGACGCCCCUACUUUUUUUGCCUCCUUAAAGUUUUUCUUUGGGUCGAUCAAAGACCAUUUGUUCCCCAAGAUGUUGAUACCGGAAGAGUCCGCACGCACUGGAAGACUGAGCACUAGUGUCGGACCUCUUGAUCGAGGACGUAGCAGAGGAGGAGGAGGAGAUGUAGGCGCAGGCGCAAGAGGAAAUGGUGGGAACGAACUGGACUCAGAUGAGGUUGACGAUUUAGAAGAGUUGGCAGAUGACUACACUGAUUCAUCUAUCAAGGAUGUCAAUUUACAGCACUUUCAAAGACGACAAAAAGUUAUUCAAAAGCAAAUGAGGUCGAUUUUCAUUUACCCUUUUGCGUAUUGUUUUAUUUGGUUGUUUCCUUUUAUUUUGCAAGCCACUCAAUUCAAUUAUGAAGAAGCUCAUAGUCCUGUUUAUUGGUUGAAUGUUUUGGGUGCAUUUAUGCAGCCAUUCAAUGGAGUGGUUGAUUCAACCGUUUUCUUUAUUCGGGAAAAACCUUGGAGAAAUACUGCCAUGCGAAAUUUCGAAAAAGAGCAUCGACAACGAGUGGACAACAUUAUUCAAAACAGUGUUGAACAACAUCGAUAUAGUGCAGUGCCGUUCACAAACACUCAGGAAGCUAGUGAGCGUAUUGCACGAAAUUCGGUAAGCGCAAGUACCGCAUUGGUUGACAUCAAUGAUUACAAGUACUGGAGACGUGUUUUGAAUAAAUGGAAGCUUCCAUUGUUUCAGCUACCGACGGAGGAAAACAUAUUUAAAGCUCAAGACAAGUAUAUCAGCAAAAAGUUAAAAGAAAAAGAGGAAAAUGGUGAAUUCAAUCAAUUCAAGCCUCAACAACCAAAGGGUACGAGAGCUAAUUUUUCAAUGAAUGAAAAGCCAAAUAGUACGACUAGCAACGACGAUAGUGAGUUGAGUUUUCCGCCACAGAUUCAUGAAAAGUAUUCCUCCACUGCAAACAAAUUUGAGCCAGGUUCGAGCGCCGGCAGUAUUCCCACAAUUAGUCUCCCACAGAGACGUAGAACCAGUGUUCCAGUAUUCAAUUCUGAUAUACAUACUCCGCCAUCACCUAACCAUAUUGACCUUGAUGAACAUGAAGAACACGAGGAGGAGGAGGAUGAUGAGAGUGAGUUAGAUUUUUCCCAAUUUUUAAAAUCCUGA